ACAGCGUUAUCAAAUAUGAUAUUGACUUCCUGUAUCUCCUUACAGAAACAGGAAGUGAAGUUCUUGAUCUGUACAGACGUGGCGGCCAGGGGCAUCGAUAUCCACGGAGUCCCCUACGUGAUCAACGUGACUCUGCCAGAUGAGAAGCAGAACUAUGUCCAUCGCAUCGGCAGAGUGGGGAGAGCAGAGAGGAUGGGAUUGGCCAUCUCUCUCGUUGCCAUGGAGAAGGAGAAGGUGUGGUAUCAUACGUGUGCCAACCGGGGCAGAGGGUGUCACAACACCAGGCUGAAGGACGAUGGAGGAUGUACCAUCUGGGACAAUGAGAAGGGAGUCUCUCCGUUCCUCAGCUGCUGAUCCGACGUGGAAGAGCAUUUAAAGUGUACCAUCACCCAGUGUGAACCGGACAUCAAAGGUUCCGGUGGACGACUUUGACGGAAGGUGACCUACGGCAAGCGCAGAGCAGCAGCAGGUGGUAACUAUAGUGGUCAUGUGGCUGCGUUGGCUCCUACAGUUCAGGAGCUGGCCAAUCUGGAGAGAGAAGCUCAGACUUCCUUCCUUCAUCUGGGGUACCUGCCCAACCAGCUGUUCAAAGCCUUCUGAGCACACACCUGCCGGUCUAGAUACGCAGUUACACCUGGGCUUACAUCAACCCACUUCAGUCCUGCUUCCUGUCCACACACACACACACACACAGUGUACCUACCCAACAUGCAGUGUACCUACAGACCGCUGUAGUUUUGAUUUCGUACCUGGAGAACGAGCAGCAUAGUUAAACACGUCUCUGGUUGGAUAUGAAGUGGUCCGGAGUCCGGAGAUAAACUUAGUGACUAGAGUCACAAAUAAAUGAAAUUAGUGAAACAUAAACACAUAAAUGAGUUAUUAUUUCCCUUCUAAAGGAUUAAUUUAAUAAAAUUACUCUAAAAUGAUUUGAGUUUGAGCUGUUGAAAUAUUACUUCUGCCAAAAUAAAGUGUAAAAUUAAACAGU